GCUUCCGAAUCCUCCAUGUUGCAACUCCUUUUACAGGUAAUCUAGCUCUAUUUUGUUUAGGAUAAAUAUGUGUCACACAUCACCAAAUCGGCUCUACAAAGUAGUAACUACUGCAAAAUUGAGGAAAGUGAGGGAAUUUGUAUGUGUUACAUGGUAGAUGGAGUAUUAUAUCGAAGAUUCAAACAACUUCCGUAUCCUCCAUGUUGCAACUCCUUUUACAAGUAAUUUAGCUCUAUUUUGUUUAGGAUAAAUAUGUGUCACACAUCACCAAAUCGGCUCUACAAAGUAGUAACUACUGCAAAAUUCAGGAAAGUGAGGGAAUUUGUAUGUGUAACAAAACAUGUAACAACUAUAUUCCUUACCAGGUGUGAACACGAUGCGAAUCUCCAAGAGAAACAAAAAGAGACACUGACAGGCCAGGGAAGUUUGUGUGAGCCUCCUUCUGUGCCUCAAGUGCCUCAUGAGAAGGGGAGAAUAAUUUCUUUACCUUAUAAGUCACUAUGAUGGUACCUUGGACUCCUUUGGGAGUAUUCCAUUUAAGAAAAGCUAUGCUCUGCCAUCUUUUUCUUCUGGUCCUUGAUCAUGACUCGUGGAUGAAUAUCUGAACUCUAAUGAUGCCAGUUCACAUGUUCCCUUCAGAAAACCACCCCCUACGAAGGCUACCAAAUCAAAAUUUCUGAAUGAGUUUUGAAUAUAUGAAAUAACACUUUCCUCUUUGAAUUUACGUAACCUCAUUAGCAAAGGUUUCUAAUACUCAGUAUCUAUGAAAUAACUGUUAUGAUAUUCUGGUGAAUAGCUGCAAAGCUUAUGCUAUUUCAGAAGCAUGUAAGUUAGUGUUCGUCUCUUCUAUUAGAAAAAUGCAAUUUGCAUUGAUAGUCAGUGAAAUGCCUCUCCAGAGAGAAUUUCAUUGAUUAUUUGUUAUGAUUUGACAUGCAAAACUGGUAAUCCAGAUAAAUGAUGGUGAGAGAUAUGCGACAUAUGUCAUCUAUUUGAUUGUGCCUGACAUCCAGUAGGUGUUUAGUGUGGACUAGAAGCUACCUAUGGAAACUGGAAAGCAUCAUUGGUCCUAGUUAUUCCAUGUCUUGGUCAAUUCUAGCUUUGCCAUCUUAGAGAAGACGCCUGGUUGCAAGCUCAUCGCCUGCUAUGCUACGUAAGAGGCAGUUACCAGUCCACACCAAGGCUGUCUGUGGCUUUCAGUAUUACCAUUUUCAGUAAUUUGGAGCCAUAUCUGAUACACACACAUACUCCAUCAACAUGCAUCACUCGCAUAUAUUCGACUCACUUAUCUGAAUUGUCUAAGCACAUACUGUUGCAUGUGAUGGUUUGCUGAGAGAAAUCUGUAGAGUACAUGCUAAUUGGCAAAUGAACAGAAAUUAUAGAAAGUUAAGUUAGCUAAAUUGUUUGAUUUAAUAUGGUUCAUAUGUUCCUUGGUUGUGACGUAUAGUGGGACAGUCAGGCAGGAGAUGAUGUGACUAACAAUAGUCUUUUUUAUUUGUUUUAAAAACGUGAGCUGAGGAACUUUGCAGAUCACGUAAAAGUGGCCAGACCCCCUUUGCUUCCCUCCCUAUCUUCUGAAGAAGCAGAUACAGGUUGGAUAGGAAAAAAGGAGCACCUGGCUGGACCAAUGGGGCGUGGAAAAGUAGAGCUUAAGAAGAUUGAGAAUCCAACAAACCGCCAAGUUACCUUCUCCAAGAGGCGGAUGGGGCUGCUCAAGAAGGCAAAUGAGCUGGCCAUUCUUUGCGAUGCGCAAAUUGGAGUAAUUAUAUUCUCUGGCAGUGGCAAGAUGUAUGAGUACUCCAGCCCCCCAUGGAGAAUAGCAAACAUCUUUGAUAGAUACCUGAAAGCCCCUAGCACCCGUUUUGAGGAGAUGGACAUCCAGCAGAAAAUUAUCCAUGAGAUGACAAGAAUGAAAGAUGAGAGCAACAGGCUAAGGAUCAUCAUGCGGCAGUAUAUGGGUGACGACCUGACCUCAUUGUCUUUGCAAGAUCUGAACAACCUUGAACAGCAGAUUGAGUUCUCUCAGUACAAAGUUCGUCUCAGGAAGCAACAGCUACUUGACCAGCAGCUGCUCGAGAUGCACCACAUCAGGGAAAUGCACAUUUCAGAGGACCAAAGUGACUAUCUGUGCCACAUGAACCUGGCGAGGCAGCAAAACGAAGCAGCUGAGAUGGUGAAUCCGAAGCCGUUCCCAUGGUGGGAUGUGGGGGGCAGCCAGCUCUAUGGCCAGGAUGCCGAGUCGUCCAUGACGGCGCUGCAGCUCUCGCCUCAGCUGCACGAAUUCAAGCUCCAGCCGCUGCAGCCCAACCUUCAGGAUGCCAGUCUUCAGGGCUACGUUCGUCGACUGUGGUAA